CCAUCCAUGUUGUUUUUGCCUGUAACAUGAAAGUAAUUCCGUCUAGUUUUCAGUUGUUUGUUCAGGCCAUUAUCUCUGGCCUACGGUAUCAAUCAAUCUUGGCAGUUUCGACCUGAUUGGUCAGUUUUGUUUUAUUUUGUGAUGGUCACGUCUAUUUCGAGCACGAUCUGGUUAAUAACUAGCCUUUGUCGCAUCCGUUUUUCCUACUCGAACUUUUAAAUAGUCGAUCACCCGACCGACAUUUUCAACUACAAAUGGCAUCUCGUUUUCCAGCAUUUGCAUUGGUUAAAUGGAUAGGCGAUCCAGAGCCCGAGUGUUGGAAGGUGAUAUAUACGAAAAAUAUAUGUACCGAGGAUAUACCGGAGGGAGUAAUCGAGGGUUCAACCUACAAUGCUGUGUGGGAUCCCAAGCAAGAAAUGGCCCGCGCCAAAGUUUUAAAACUUCAUGAUAGUAAAGCUUUCUUGAAUAGUAUAAGGAAGCACGAGUACAUAGACCCGUUUGAAGAACAACGGAAGGCGACUUUAGAUGGUGGGAAGCGACGCCCAAAACCAAAAACUUUGGGAGGCGAUUUUGUUGCUGAAGAUAUUGAAAUAGAUGUGGCUCGAGAAACGGCAACAACCCGAGAAAUGGCAACAACCGGAGGCAAGAAUGUCAAUGAGGAAGAGAAGAAAAAAACUAAAAAAAGGACCAGUGACAAAGCUUCUUCGGAUAGUAAUGCUCCAGUUAAGAAGAAAAAGUCAUCAAAAAAAUCAUCAAAAAACACCCCCCCUGCGACAACUGUGACCGGAACUGUGGAAAGUUGCGACCAAAUUGCUGAGACACUUGAGGACAUCUCGAUUGUUGCUAUCAACGAGAGAUCAACACAAAGAGCGGGGUGCGAGCUGAAUCAGUCAGAGCAAAUAGUCCAGAAGUCGGCCUCCCGCGAUUUAUCAACAUCGUCACUCAAGGGAGUCACAAGAGACAAGCCAGCACAUACGCAGCAUGCGCAGAAAGAACCAAAAAAAAGGCCACUUUGCCCAAAUCCUAUGUGUGUUUCCACGAGAGAUGAGCUUAGUGAGCUGAAGGAAAAAUAUGGGGCUUUGGAAGCGCGAUUCAGGAGACUGAGCAGAUCAGAUGGUAUCCAAGGAAAUGAGCUUCGAGUACCAAAUGUACAAGUAAAUGAUGGGCGGGUAGGCGUGAUGAGUGAGGCAGAAGCGGCAACGAGAAAGUUAGUUGAAUUAGUUGCGGGCAGUGGUGUCUUCCUUUCGAGGACAGCACUUGCAUUGUGCAAAACCGCACACACCAAGUCCUCGCUGGCUACACGCCUUUUAAAGGCGUUUUUUUCAGAAGAAGAAAGGCGCGAGGGAAAAAUCUCUGAGCAGGGGGAGGUGGGAAAUUUGCUUAACCAGCAAAUUAUAACCACUAUUAAAGCAUAUGCGUCGAGGCAGAACCUCCCAGACGGGUGUAAAAAAGGCAUCACAAGUGCCAUGAACCUAAGUAUAAAAAACUUGAGGAGAGCAGCACGGAAGUCAGCUUGUGAAGAUGAUCUGCCAAGUCUGCCUAGUCUUCCUGAUGAUGAUGAUGAUGACUACGAUGCAGAUGAGUCUUUGCUUGAUUGAAAACUUUGGCAUAGUUUUUACCAUUUUUUAAAAUUUAUAUUUGAUAAUAAACAAUUCGAACUAGUAAUCAAAAAAGUCAUUUUUUGUGAAUCGAGAUUAUGUGCCGAUCUAGGAAUCAAUUAAACAUUUCCAGUGAUUUCCAGGUUAGUAACUUUACCUUUGCAGCUUAGCAGUUCCAGGUAAUCUUAUUGAUCUUUAAGCAACAAUUUAGUUUUACUUUGCGCAUAAAGUGUGUUAUACAACGUU